ACAACAAUCGGUGGCACCCACGAAGCAACAUGAUCCAGUGAAUUAACAACACCAACAAGCACACUUCACCACACAAUAAUUUCACGUUUACAAGAUAAAUUCAAGUUUACAUUAAAAUAAAUUCAAAAUGGGGAUUCAGUCGAACACCAGUUCUUGCCAGAGGAAAGCACUUAUAGAGAAAGUUCGGAAAGUUUUGAAAGAAAUGGAUAAUGCGAAAGUGGAGAACCGCUGUUGCUGCACGAGCCCCGAUAGUCCACCCGAGGGUAAAAGAAUAGUCUCCACAGCAUGUCUCGACGGCACUAAAGGACUUGAGAAGAUCGUCCCUGCUAAGAAAGAUAAAUACGUCUGGGUACCGCCACAGAUAGACAAUCGUCCGGCCUUGGACCCUAGUAUGUCCUGCUACGCGGCUACGGUGGCCAACCAGUUCUACGACCAAUGGAAGGGCUGCAAGCUCGACUGUGUCCCUAGCAAGACUGGACGCGAGGAACACACCCACUGGUGGAACGAACCCCAGGGCCGCCAAGGAGGAACGGGAUCGUCUGGGCAACAGCCCGACUACUGCGAGGAUCCUGACUUCGAACCUCCCACACCUCUCGGUCACCAGGCGUGGAGCCUGGAGCCGGGUGGUACUUGCAGGUACCCUCAAUACUGUAGGGCCCAUUGCUUCGACCACAACCCGGAUCGAGAUUGGGCUCGACCUUGAAUCGUCCUUAAUAAACAUUUAUACACAAAA